AUGUCGGGUUCGCCGCGCAAGAAACAGCGAAUCGGCGAUCGCCGUCUUGGAAUUCAAGAUGAGUUGCAAGAUUCAACCCUCCAUGACCAUUUGCAGCAAUUGACAAGUAUUCUCCCUAAACCGAGCACCCCAUUCCGCCGUGCUUCGAGCGCUGGGCCUCGCCUGACUCCCAGCGACCGACGUACUCCAAAUAUACCAAUUCGCACACCAGGAGCUGCAGCUCGAACGCCACGAGGUGGGCUAGCCUCACGUCCUAUAUCUGCCCGCCGGGCAGCACCGACUACACCUCAUGCCAUACGAGCCUUGAGAGAACGUGCGAAUGCGGCAAGGACACCAGGACAAAAUCGAAGACGGAGCGGCAGGGUUCAACGGGAAACCCCAAGAGAUACUCUACGAGAUCUCAGCAGAAUUCUUGCGCGCGACACUCGGCCUGUGCGGCCCUCGCCCCCAAAUCGAAAUACUUCUCGUAACUCUGCUCUCGAACUUGCGGAUAUCGAUGAUGGACCUGAUCCAAUUCCUCCAAGGCUUUCGAUGGCUUUGGAGGAUAUGUAUGAGGAUGAUAGUAUUCACGAAAUGCCUCCAAGACAAUCGCUACUCCCGGACAUACCUGCAGACGUGGACAACGGUACGAUACAAUCUCUUGAGUUUGGGAGACGAGCUGUUAGCGAAGACCCGAGGGCUAUGUUUGCUGCGAGAAUCAGCGAACGGUUUGCCGAUCUACAGGAGCUAGGAAUUGAAGAGGAAGAGUACGAACUCGAUGGCACCUUCAUCAAUAGCAGACCCCAAUUCGAUCCGGACCUCAGUUUACAGGAGGAAAUCGAAGAAGAGAUGGAAGAUACAACUAUGGAGGCUCGUGGGCUGGCUGGGAUACGUGGCGGACGGCAUAGUGAUGCCGGCCUAGGCGUGUUCGAACAGGAUGAAAUACUGGACGAGCCAACCUUUCGCUUCACCAUCCCUCAGCGCCUUCGAACACUUGCUCGCGAAGAACAAGUGGAACAAGAUCCCACGGUGCAAGGGUUCAGUGAAAUUGAGGAUAGCAUGAACCUAGAGAAGACGCUUCAUGGAGGUUCUAGUAAUGGAAGCAGCACUGAUCAUGCUGGCCAACGUUAUACAAAUGAUGAACCGGCCCCUGUGGCCUGGGAAUCUGAUGAGGAGCUCGACAAUGAUGCAGACCUACAUGCAUAUCGCGAGGAGGUAUCUGCUGUGGACCGUAGUCUUCAAACAGAGUCCCCAGAGCGCCGUCCAGUCGCCGCGGCGCAACACGCGCGUAGACAGCGCCGGGAGGUGAGAAUCUCCAAGUUUGGCAAUGAGUAUGCCUCCUUUCCGGCUCCGACUAUCAAGCGCUUGGCAACAUCGUUUGCUAAAAUCCAAGGUGGACAUGGCAAGAUAAGUAAUGACACCCUUACCGCCCUGGUACAGGCCACAGACUGGUUUUUCGAACAAGUUAGUGAGGACCUGUCCGCCUAUGCGGCCCAUGCAGGACGCAAAAUGAUCGAAAACGGAGACGUCAUAGCUUUAAUGAAGAGGCAGCGCCAGAUCACGAAUAAUACUACAUCAUUCUCGCUGGCACAGAAGAUGCUGCCACGAGAGCUACUCCAAGAAUUGCGUAUGGAGCCUGUCCAGAAAGCCAAAAGGGCAAAGAGAAAGCGAAUGCAAACGGUGGUAGAAGACGACGAACAGGAGGAGCACGCCUGA